ACUGCAUGGGGCCAUGCAAACAAUUUCGCAUUUUUUUUUUGGAGGAACUUGAAAUAGGAUUUCUCGGAACGAUAGCUCGUAGUGGAGGGUGAAGCCUAUGUUUUCUAUAUGCUCUAUCUCUGCUUUGCUGUUUUCAGCUCCUACCCCAGCCGCGCCUCCUGGGUUGCAGAGGCGGAGCACGGCCGCGUCGUUCAGGGGGCGGCAGCCGCGUGUUCACCCGGACUUUCGUGCGGCCGGGUCCUCCGCCUUGCGAGCGCCAAGCCCACCCGUGGAGCUUGUGCCGAAAGAAACGGGGAAUGAUCAGUGUGCGGAGUGUAGAGAUGGCAGCCCAGGCUGCGUUCGUGUCUACAGACGUCCGCCGUCCGUGGAAAGGGCAGCUUUGCCCCUGGAGUCAGCCAUCGUUGUCCACUUCUUUAUUACCUACAGAGAAGGGGAGUGAAGAGGCCUGGCGGACGCUAGAGAAUGAGCUGAAGGCCCCAGUGGCUCCCUUUCACCGCCAUAGCCCAUUUAUUCAUUUAGCAAAUAUUGGACGAGUCACUCUGCCUCGGUUUCCCCACGUGAAGAAAUCAGGUAUAACUACCCUCAGCGGAGUGGAGGGUAUCAAUGAGAUAUUUAUGAAAGGAAAGCCUUUAACAGCUUCUGGCACGUAGUAACCGCUUAAUAAGCGUUGGCAUCGUUAUUGAUUCGAAAAACACAGACGCCUGGAACUGUGCCCACGGGGAUGUAUGUCUGGAACCCGUGUCUUGCUGGGUGCUAAGGGAAACUGGCCACCUAUGACCUACUGGGGCCUGCGAACUCGAGUAAGUGGGUGGGAUUUACUCCCCGGGGCCUGCACGCGGGCGCAUUGGGGUGGGGACUGAGAAAGUAGACCACCCCAAGAGCUCCUUGGGAACUGGGGAACGCCCCCUCCUUUUCAGGUUUCUCGUUCCUUUCCUCCGCCGGGUAAAUUCCACCCUGUGACUUUAAGGCGUCUCUGGCCCCGGCGCUGUGGAAAGCCCGGAUGCCGCGCUCUGAUUGGGCGGGGCGUCUCCGUGACGUUACUCCGAGUACAAAAGGGUCCGGGUAGCGGGUCCCCGGGCUUAGCGUCGUAGCAGCGUUACGGCGGCGUAGUUUGGUGUGCAGAGAGAGGCGUGCGUGAGCGCGUAGGCUGUAGUGCACCUGUUCCCUGUACUGAGAGUCCCCGCCGCCCUCGCCGUCGAGUCGCCAUGGAGGUGCAGAAGGAAGCGCAACGCAUCAUGACCCUGUCGGUGUGGAAGAUGUACCAUUCGCGCAUGCAGCGCGGGGGCCUGCGGCUGCACCGAAGUCUGCAGCUGUCGCUGGUCAUGCGCAGCGCCCGGGAGCUCUACCUCUCCGCCAAAGUGGAAGCCCACGAGCAGACCGAGGUGCCCUCGCUGCCCGCCCGCUCCCCAGAUCCUCGCCUGCACCCGCUACGGGAAGCUCAAGCCGCAGCCGAGGCAGCGUCCCCCGACGGUGAGCAGCCCUGCUCGGAGCCCAUGGACACGCAGGAGGCGCCAAGAGCCGAGGAAACUCCUGCCCGCUGUACCCCGCACCCUGCCAAAGUCAGCCGCAAGCGGCGGAGCAGCAGCCUGAGCGACGGCGGGGACGCCGGACUGGUUCCGAGCAAGAAAGCCCGUCUAGAAGAGGAAGCGGAGGAAGGGGCGUCUUCGGAGGUCCCCGAUCGUCUGCAGCCCCCUCCCGCGCAAGCGGAGGGCGCCUUCCCCAACCUGGCGCGUGUCCUACAGAGGCGCUUCUCAGGCCUUCUGAACUGCAGCCCCGCCGCCUCCCCGACGGUGUCACCACCAGCGUGUGAGGGGAAGCCGGCCUGUCGUCCGGCGGACAAUAUGCUAAACGUGCUUGUGCGGGCUGUGGUGGCCUUUUGAGGGGCCCCAAGCGGCGCUGCCGGAGCCCAGUGCGCCGGCCGAACCGUCAGCCAGAAUUCGCAGACCCGAGGUCAGGCUACCCCCGCGGGAGCGCCCGCGGAAACGGUGGAGAGGAGCCGCCGCCCAGGCUGCUGAAAGGCCGGGAGAGGGACUCUGCCGCCGGGGAGCCGUCGCCACCCGUGUGCCGCGGCGGCGCCGAAGUGCCUGAGCCGGGGGCGCGGGCGCCUUCUGCCGAGACCUGCCGCGCCCAUAGGUGCUGUCUUAACCGACAGGGACGUGGCCUUUCCGUCUCCUUCUGGGACUGGGAGAGGGAGGCUUGGUUCUUGGAACUCCUCAGGGUCGGACUUUUUUUUUUACUGGGGCUGUGCCGCCCUUUCAAGGUUUUUCUAUAGUUGAUGUUCACGUUCCCAACUCAGCAUUCCAGGCAGUCGUCCCCCUCCGGUGACAUACUUAUGCAAGCGAUCAUCGUUGCGUCAUGGGGCAGUCGUGGGUAGCUUCCUGUUGCCUUGCGUGGGUGUGGGGCCUGGGAGGAGGUCCUGGGGUGUGGACCGCGGUGGGGAAUGGGAGGAGGGCGGCCUGAGUCACUUCGCCCCCGCAUCCUGCGCCCCUGCGCCUUCUUUUGGGGCGGGGGGAGCUGAUCUGAUUUCAGGUUAAAAUUGUUCUCAUUUGGUGUGUUCGAGGACGGGAUGAUGUUCACAGUCUCCAGCGUGACCCUCCCUCAGACACAGACACAAUCAAACCACAAUCUUGGUCUGAAUCACAAAACUGGGGGGAGGGGAUGUGCAGAGCGCUGUGAGGCUGAGCUGGGGCCAGUGGCUGGUGAGGAUGGGCCAAUUUGGGGAGGGGUAGAUUAUAGCCAGGACGUUCUAAGGGACUGUUUAUUUAUUCUGGUGGAUUCUGUUUAACUCCGUCUAUCUGGACUUUUGCUAGAGACGCCAGAUAGGAAAAUAAAGACCAUCUGAAUAAAAA